AUGCUCAUAGAAGGCUCCACUUCCAGCCACUCGCAGGCUAACCACCUCGUCUCUUUCGCACCGAGUACAACCGUGGCAUACCCCACUAGUCCUGGGGCCCAUGUCUCUGGCCAUCCUGAGAUCGGAGAGCCCCUAUCUAUGAUUGACCAGACUUUUGCCAACUUCUUCUCGAACUUGGAAGAGGAAUUGGCCUACACGAAGCUCCAUCAAGCAGUCAUGAACGAACAAGUAGAUGAGGUGAAAGCCUUGCUGAGCCGAGGGGCACCAAUUGAUGUCCCAGAUCGGAAGGGCAACCUGCCAUUGCAUUACACUGCUGACCAUCAGGACGAGAAGAUUGUCAAAUCCCUACUCGGCUAUCGCGUGGGAAAAAUCGAGCCCAUGGUGAAGCAAGAUCUUGCUCGACUCACGCUUGACCAUCGAAAUGCGGACGGAAAUACCCCUCUGCAUCUGGCCAUUUCAGCAAGAAGCUUAAACCAUGAUCAUCAAAGGAGCAUUGUGACUCAUCUUCUGGGGGCCGGAGCCAAUCCUUAUAUCCCCAACAACCUUGGUGUGACUCCGAUACAAAAGGCAGUGGACCUCGUCUCACCGACCAUGAGCUGGGAUCAUGGACGCCAUGUUGACAAGAUGCUGACAACCAGGGCCGCCGAUCUCACACCGGAGGAGCGAACAUCUCUGUUCAAGCUCUUCCUCGCAAAUUCAUACAAUGCUUGGGCUGACGUUAACAGUCACCUCAACGCAUUGUUCAGGAGUUUUCUAGGCAAUGGUGCUGAUCCGGAUGUGACGAUUGGACCGAACUCUCAGCGUCUACUGACAUACUUCUUGCACUAUUGCUAUAAGACUCGCUCUACCUCCCAGAAAUGUGACACCCGGCUUGCCACCUUGAUAUGUAAGAAAUUAGAUGUCGCGAGAGUCAACAGCAUAGGCGAGACGUGUGUCCAUCAGCUUAUUAGAUUCCUGGGUGCUUGGUACUAUGAUCCUUCAAUUUACGAAUUACUCCAGAUCGUGGUGGAAAGGGGAGCGGAUGUCAAUCACCUCAACACGGCUCAGCAAUCACCUCUGAUGCUGCUCUUGGAGAAAAGGCAGCUUGUAGACGACGUCUACACGGUGCUGGCAUUCCUUCUCAGUCGCGGAGCAAAUCCAUUGAUCCCCGAUGCGGCCGGGAAUUUUCCCAUAUAUGUGGCCAUUCGAAACAAUCCCUGGCUGGGAUCCAAGCUUGCGAAAAUGAUCCUUCACGUGGACAAUGGAUUAGACACGACUUUCCCCUGGCGGUUUACCUGGUGGCAAUCGUGGAUGCAGGCUAUCGCCUCGGAAGAUUGGGGCACGUCGGUAACGAUGCUUCAACAGACUGGCCACUCACCACCACGGGACAUCCAGGCCCUACUGUACCCACUGGCGUUGGCCGUUCUCGCCGAAAAACACCUGCGUCGAGCAAAAGACUGGUAUGAGAACAGUGAGAAAAGUCCUGAGCAACAGCACCAACACCGGACCACUGUGCGAAAUAUACUCCUGAAGAGCCCGUGGCUGGAUAUUGAUACAGAUUGGUUCCUGUACCUGCUGAAAUUGUAA